AUGCCGCUAGUGCCGCAGGACGUAAGAGGAGUGAGUACCCGUGCAAUGUCAGAAGCGCAGCGUGUGAGGGAAGAGGGUGCUGCAGCUCAAACCAGCGAUGCAGAAGCCAAGCCUGUGCAGGUGGAUCUUCUGCUACAGCUGCAGCAAAUGAUGGCAGAGCAAGCGCGCCGCCAAGAAGAGCAAGCGCGCCGCCAAGAAGAGCAAGCGCGCCGCCAAGAAGAGCAAGCGCGCUGUCAGGCAGAACAGCUGCGGGAGCUGAAAGAAGAGCAAGCGCGCCGCCAAGAAGAGCAAGCGCGCCGCCAAGAAGAGCAAGCACGCUGUCAGGCGGAACAGCUACGGGAGCUGAAAGAAGAUCAAGCUCGUCGCCAAGAGGAUCAAGCUCGCCGCCAAGAGGAGCAAGCGCGUCGCUUGGAAGAGAUGCAUAAGGAUUUCACGAAGGGACUGCAAAAGGCUGUCGAACGGGUACAAGAAGUGGAGGAAGGGUUAGGCAAGUUGGAACAUCGCGUCAUGGCGAUAGAUGAGAGAGUGAAAGAAGAGAUCUCCAAAAUCAAGCAGGAAGAUAGGACGAAAAACGAGCUGACGGAUGACAUGGUGAACUGGGCUUUCCUCGCUCGUUUCUGUUUCCUUUCCCUGGAGGGACAGUUCGAGUAUCUGAUCGAGUAUGACAAGGACGCCGGUAUACCAAACCUCCUCCUGUAUUAUGAUGAUGACACGCAGUGGCCCUCCGUGUAUCAUAGUAGCAAGACCUGUAAACAACGGGAAGAAGUAUUGAACAGAGCUGGGCAGAACCAGAUUAUCAGACUGUCACACUGGUACCCUGACACGGAGUACUCAGGAUGCAUCAUCACAAAACAUAACAAGGAGUUGCCAGCUGCUAAAAGCACAACAACAACAAAAGCAACAGAACCACCGGUGAAAAAACCCAAAAAUUCAACCAAACUGACACCCCCGGAACCGUCGUACUACGAUCAAUUUUUAAAAACAACCACUCGAGACCCAAAAGCAAUAACAGAUCCUAAUACAAAUACCACAUGGUUUGAAUUACAACCGACUGAUGGAAAUUUCACUACUAUGACUCCUGAAGAUGAACUAUGGGAAAGCAUAGCGCCAGGUAACGGAAGCCAUUUUGGAAAUCUGAAAGAUGACGUUGAAAUUCUUUUUGAAAAUGGAAAUCGAAGCGGGCACAAAAUCAAAAGAUCUUUAGACCUCUACGAAAGGUACCGACGGCGCCGUCUGAACGCUGAACCGAAAGCUCUUGCGAGUCAGAGCGAGAAGGAGCAUCUGGUUGUCUCCUGCCACAACUCUAGAAGGUUCAGGUCUGCUAGGGAGAGGUGGUGGUUCAUUGCCAUCAGCAAUUGCGAAAGUAAUAAGGCGCGAUGGUCAAUGAUUAUCAUACCGACAAUUAAUUGCUUCCAGGGUCUGGACAUUCGAUACAAGUUCCUGAUGACGAACGGACCUGAUGGUGACUUUUGGCAUGAACACUUCUCUGCUGACGAGUUUUAUGUCCUACCAGUACUCCUGGCGUACACCAUUGCGUAUGUCGUCGUGAUGAUAGCCGUGGUGAUGUGUAGUGUUGAGCUGAAGUCUCGACACCUUCUCCACUCGACGUAUAAGCUGUUCCUAAUGUCGGUCGUGUCACAACACUCCGGAGUUAUGCUGCAAAGUUUAGCCUACAUACGAUAUGCUGCUAACGGAUUUGGAACUGACAACGCUAAGAUUGUCGGUCAAUUCCUUUGUGGUCUAUCAGAAAUGUCGUUUCUUUUACUCUUGGUGUUAAUGGCUAAAGGAUACACCAUAACUAGAGGUCGUCUGAAGGUCGGGUUCACUGUUCGCCUGACUGUUUUCAUGUGUUGUUAUAUCGUCACCUAUAUCGUUCUGUUUAUAUAUCAAGCUAAGGCCUUCGAUCCUGGUGAAGUUCUGUACCUAUACGAGAGUCCAGCUGGAUAUGGUCUCAUCGUGCUGAGGAUCCUCGCGUGGUGCAUGUUUGCUUACUCGACCUUCUUCACCGUGAGGAAGUACCCUGAAAAGAACAUAUUCUAUUGCCCCUUCUUCAUCUGCGGCACGCUGUGGUUCUAUGCUGGACCUCUGUUCAUACUCACUGCUAAUACUUAUAUAGAUAAAUGGGUGCGAGAAAGUGUGGUCACUGCUGUCCUACUAUUUAUAUCAUUUUGUGGACACAUCAUGUUCUUACUGCUGACGCUACCAGUAUUUGCGAAUAAAAACUUCCCCUACCACGUCAGGACCACGCAAAUUGGAGUUAUGGAGGUGACUGGGAACGCGGCUCUAGACGGUUUUGGCCCAAACGCCUACCACCCAACUAAUGCGGCACCACAGACUGUCAUAAUACCAUUGACUAGACGCACAGAAGAACUAAUAGGCAACAUGUACAACCAAUACAUGGCGACCGCGCCCCCUCUCACCUUAGAAGACCAACCGCCAAAACUAAAGAACAUACCAAAAAGAAUCGACUCAAUAUCACCAAAACAUCGCCUCAUAUCUCAAGACAGUACAGAUACCAACUCAUCGGGCGAUAUAAAACCAAUAAUACAAAAAGACGAACCAACGAAAGAAAUAUUUACCGUUGAAAAUCAAAUUUCGAAAAUGGAACCCGCUGUGUUGCCAGUUCCUAAACCGGUUCCAGUGUUGCCAGAGAGAAAUUUGGAGGAUAUCAAUAGAGGGGAUUUGCCUAAUGUUAUGAGGUCGAGGAGGAAUAUGUUAGAGCCUAUUAAAAGGGAGGAUAAUGUGCCCUCCUGGUCCCUCGCUAAGGGGCCUUGUGUUGUUGGUAUGCUGAAGAAGACGAAGAAUGUUGAGGAAGGUCUGUAUCGGGUUAAAUUUUGUUUGCUUAAUUUGUAUCAGACACAAGCAGAUCUGAAAUACUUUGGUAAAAAAAUGGGCCGGGCGGUGUGGAGUGUCAGACUUUUACUGACUAAAAACCCCCUGUUCCUUCUCCUGGUCUGGGCCGAGGUCGCGGUGCCUCAUUGCGCUUACCCCGCAACCCCGGCUGAACAUCAGCCCUUGAGGGCCCCGUCUGUGGUGGUCUAUUGGCUCUUUGGAAACACUGUUGUCACCAGUCAAACACCACAUUUUUCAGAUUCACCAGAGCUCAACAUCCUGACCAACGGAAGGAAAGUUCCUCCAGUGAGGAACGGUCUCCAGUCGAGUUCUGGAGAAAUAUCAACCAUCAUGGAAGGCAGAGUCCAAAGUUAUCCAAGUGCAGUCAGCAAAGCUACUAUAGACCUGUUCAGUGUUGGUAGCCAUAAAGGCUGA